GCACGGUGUGUCGUCGUUCUACUUGGCGUGCCAGAGCGACCACGCCGAAGUCGUCCGGUUCCUUCUGUCGCUGCCGCAAUUGGACCCCCGUCAGCUGUGCAACGCACUUUGUGCUGCACAAGACAUGGACAUUGUCGAGAUGGUGCUGGCCCAUCCCCACUUUAACAUCAACAGCGACGUGGGCGAAUUGCCGCCGCUGACGAUUGCGUGCGUGGACCGACAGCUGGAAAAGCUCGCGCGGCUGCUCGCGGUGCCGUCGAUCGACGUGAAUUUUAAGCACAACAACGACACGACGGCGUUUAUGAUUGCGUGUUCCAAGGGCUUUGUCCAAGCGGUCCAGCUCUUCUUGGCCCAUCCCGAGCUGGACGUGGCCUCUGUGAACCAGCAUGGCGCGGACGCGCUGAGCAUCACUAGCGACGCAGGACACGCCGACGUCGUGGCGCUGCUGCUGGAGCAUGCGCACUUCAAUUCGAAGGCCGUGCGGGGCCAAGCGCUUGGGGUCGCGUGUGCACACGGGCGUCUGGAGGUGGUGAAGUUGCUCCUGGCGUGCCCUGCCUUGGACUCUGCUCACGUCGAACUGGGUUUGUUUUUGGCGUGUCAGACUGGGCAUGCCACGAUCGUGCGAUAUCUGUUGCAGACAUCCCCCCAUCCAGUCAAUGUAAAUGCGCUGAUG